AUGAAACGUCCCCAUUCACCAUCUCCUGAACUCACGGACACUUUGGAGCCUCCAGAAUCCCCGCGUAAAUCCAAGAAGCUCAAAGAACUCGACGCGUACUCGAGCACUUCGCCCUUUCCAGACUUUGCGCACCCCACACCGUCUGAGGCCCGGCAGGUCUUUGACGUCCUUGCGGACGCGCACAACGGACGUGAUCUCAUACGCAAAGCCCCCUCUCCCACCGCUUCGAGCAACUCCGCCAAAUCCUGCGGUCACUCCCACAAUGUCAUCGACGCGCUAAUUGGCACCAUCCUUUCUCAGAACACCAGUGGCAAGAACUCCUCGACCGCGAAACGGAGCCUAGACACCACCUUCGGGCGUAAUAACUUUGCUGCGAUCGCCGACGCGCCCAAGUCAGAUGUGGUGGAAGCCAUCAGGAUGGGUGGAAUGGCGAACAAGAAAGCUGCGACUAUACAAAAGCUUCUGCAGGAUAUCAAAGCGAAGAGGGGCGAAUACUCGCUCCAAUACCUAGCGGAAAUGGUAGACGGGAAACCCAGGUACUCCGACCCGGAAGUGAUGCGCGACCUCGUCUCCUUCGAUGGUGUCGGCCCCAAAACUGCGUCUUGCGUCCUGCUUUUCUGCCUCGGUCGGGACUCGUUCGCCGUGGACACUCACGUGUAUCGUUUGAGCAAGUUGUUGGGAUGGGUGCCCCCAAAGGCCAACCGAGUGCUUGCUCAAGCGCACCUAGACCUGAAAAUUCCCGACGAACUCAAGUAUGGGCUACACGUUUUAAUGAUACGACAUGGGAGAGCUUGCAAGGGGUGCAAUGCAAGCAAAGAUGGGCAACAGGGGGGGUGUAUCCUCAAGGCUUACCUGAGAGAUAGGAAUGUCAAAGUAGAACCGAAGUCGGAGGGUAAUUUAUAA